UGUUGGUUACCGGCGAGUGGUUGUGAGUGUUGCGCUAGGCUAGGUCUGAACAGACUCAGCAAACUCAGUAAAGGCGAAGGGCUUACGUUGGCUCCGCGGCGGCGAGCGUGAAAUUGUCAUUUUUGGUUUGCACGUCCGAGAGGCUCCAAUGUUGAGUUCAAGCGGCCUGUUGGUGGCUGUGCUGCUCGCUGCGGUGCUGGCGACGUGCGAGGCGCUCAAAGAAGGAGAAUGUGAAGGUAAGCUGAAGAAGCCCGGCCGGCGGUCGGCUAACCUUAGCCCAGUGUGUGUGACUUUUUUGGGCAAGUUCUACAAGUCGCUUCAGGAGCACAAAGCGGACAUGAAGAGUGACGAUGUGGAAAAGGCGCUCCUCAAGAGUUGCGUAACGGCCAAAGGCAAAGAAAAUCGAUUUUGUUACUACAUUGGGGCGACCAGCGACGCAGCCACCAAGAUGAUCAACGAGGUGUCCAAGCCGCUCAGCUACCAUGUCCCUGUCGACAAAAUCUGCGAGAAGCUCAAAAAGAAAGACGGCCAAAUCUGCGAAUUGAGAUACGACAAGCAAAUGGACCUGAGCUCUGUGGACCUGAAAAAGCUGAAGGUCAAGGACCUGAAGAAGAUUCUGGAAGAGUGGGGCGAGUCGUGCAAAGGCUGCGCCGAAAAGGCGGACUUCAUCCGCAAGAUCGCCGAGCUGAUGCCCAAGUACGCGCCUGGCGCCGUCACACGGACUGACCUCUGAGCGGCGAGGAGCGGCUCCCGCCUCCCCCUUAUCUUUUUUUUCUUCUUCUCCUCACUCAGGAUGCCGGCAGGCAGACAGCACCCCCUGUUUGUGACUUGAUGUUUGUGUUUGUAUUAAAAGCGUGUUUCCUGAAGGCGCGCGUGCACAAGCAAACCAGUCACAUACUGCCAUUGAGGCAGGCGAUCGAUUGCAAGCCGCAUGUCUAAACAUGCUGCUGGCCUUUUUGGACAGCAAAAGUGACACAUUUCCGCAGCAGGUGCUUUUGCUGGUUUAUUUUUAGACUAUUUACAGCCCCGUUUUUUUAAAAUCCAGAGACGUUCGAGUUGCGUUGUAUGGUAGGUCUGAUUGUGCCCUUGUUAAUCAUUUUACAGCUUUGUCUCCGAGACAUGCAGGGCUCGAUUGUCAUGGUAUUGCAGGGUUUCUGGAAAAAUACUAAGUGAAUUGGCAAGUUUGCUUUAUAAAAAGUUGUUGGCUCAA